GCCAAAUUCCGUCGGCACUAGGAACUAUUUGAGACCCCGCGGCCGGAGCCCGGCCGGAGAGUGUGACCGACAGCCAGCACCCUUCCCCCUCUGCCGCCUUCUCUCUUCGCUUUUUGUCGGUAUUUCCUCCCCUCGCAACAACGCCACAAUGAGCUCCCACACCAGCACCGCCCAGGUUGAUACCUCCAUCACCGUCCCCUCCCUCCAGCUGAACUUCAGCGACCCCGAGGUUGUCGCCGCCCUGAAGGCCUUCGUCCAUCCCCACUCCAAGUCCACCUGGAUUCUUCUCCAGUACUCCUCGGAGAUCAACGCCCUGACCCUGGCCGGAACCGGCGAGGAGGAGGCCGGUGAGGAGGCCCUGCGUUCCCUGCGCGACGAGCUGAGCGACGCCCACGUCAUGUACGGCUGCGUGCGCGUGUCCGUUGUCGGCGGUGGCGAGCGCAGCAAGACCGCCUUCGUGGUCUGGGUCCCGGCCGGUGUCCCGACCGUCAUCAAGGGCAUGGUCCACCACCACAUCAAGUCCGUCAGCGAGUUCAUGCGCCCGUACCACCUCCAGAUCGACGCCCGCGAGACCAGCGAUCUCGACUUCGAGACCGUGCACGAUCGUUGCGAGCGCUCCGCCGGUGCCCGCUACUAAGCACCUACGCCCCUCGGCAGGGGGUGGUGCCAUCAUCGCAUGUCCCCCCUCGCCUGGGCUGUCUGCGCCCGGCUGCCGGCCGCCUGUGCCCUGCCACGCCUGCUGAACAGGCUUGGCCGGGGCGCGAGGGCCAAAGAGACACCGAGACCGAGCGAGACCCCGCCUCGCUCCCGGGGCAACGGUGUUACCACCGCCGGCCGCCAGCGCGCGCCCCAUCCACCCUCGACGAUUCUCCCUCUCCCCCUCCUCCCUCUCGCCGGUGUGCCUGAGCGCAUCCCCCCCCCCCCCCCC